AUGAUUUCGAAUUCUUCUUCUAUUACGUCCUUACGAGUUCUUUUCCUGAUGCACAUGCCGAAUGGCGAUAAGCGGUACUACAAGUUCAUUUUGACUCGAAACUUUGAGGCGUUAAGUUGUCGCAGCGGUGGCUCUCAGGUAUCGCUAAUUAACAUCAUGAUGGAUCUAAAGAAGUGCUGCAAUCACCCCUUCCUCUUCCCUUCGGCUGCAGAAGAGGCGCCUCGUCUUCCUAAUGGUGCCUUUGAGGGCCACGCUAUACGCAAAGCCUCGGGAAAAUUGGAGCUUAUGUAUAAAAUGUUGCGUCGCUUGUACGUCGAUCGGCAUCGAGUUCUUAUCUUUUCCCAAAUGACCAAAAUGCUCGAUCUUCUAGAAGACUUCCUCGAGGCUGAGAGCUACAAAUUUGAGCGCAUUGAUGGUGCUAUUACUGGUCAAAUGCGACAGGAUGCUAUAGAUCGCUUCAAUGCUCCCGAUUCCCCUUCAUUUGUCUUUCUUCUUUCCACCCGCGCAGGCGGCCUUGGAAUCAAUUUAGCGACUGCCGAUACCGUUAUCAUUUACGACUCUGAUUGGAACCCGCAUAAUGACAUACAGGCAUUUUCGCGAGCGCAUAGAAUAGGCCAAGCAAAUAAGAAUGCGAAUAUGUACUAA